CUGAGUUCAAAAUGCGUUGUCUCGUGUUGUUCCAUUCAUCCUAACUUGUUGCUCGUGACCAUUGACAAGACGCGUUCCUCUUCAUCUGUUCAUUUCACAAAACCAUCAGAUAUUAGAGGGGUUGACUUUACUCUUGCGAGUCUGUCGCUACCACAGCGACCGACAAGAAUGUCGACCAGCUGGCGUUCGCCAUUUCCUAUCCUUCCUGCACCACAAACUACACCUGUCUCCACAAAUCCCAAGUCGCUGAGACGGCCUAUUCACAACCCGUACGAUAAAUUCACCAAACCAGAGUUCGACGAUUGGAUUGGUGGUAUUACGAGUGCUCUGCGCAGAGCACUCGGUGAGGAGACUGAAGAAGAUUCUGCCCUUGACGAACACCAGUCACAGGAUGUUAACGCAGCUGCCGAGGAAACAUUCUCAGAUCAGUCGUUCGAAGAUUCAUUUGCUGAUAUCCAGAGCAGACGCGCCAAAGGAAAGGCCAAAGAUCCGCGAGAGGGCCCUGGCCUUGGUGCCGAGCAACAUCCGAUUGAAUUGCUUUCCGACUCCGAGUCAGGUGCUGAAAGUGAGGAAGAAUACGAAGAGUAUUCUGAUAGGGAAGCAGAGGUCAUUGGUACAGAGGGGGAAGGUGAGGGUUAUGACGGUCACCACCAAGCCAGGAACUGGACCGUAAACCGCCGCCACUGCCUUGUCGAUCCUCAAGUCGAGAAAAAUGAGGUGGCGGAAAUAUCUUCUAGGGAGGAGAGUCCGGACAUCAUUGAGAUAUGCUCGGACGACGAAGAAGAUACUCGAGUUUCUGUACACGAAGCUGGAUACAGUGGCAGGCAGUAUGGGUCUUCGCAAUUACCUCCUGAUGAGGUAGAGGUUGAGUUAGGCCCCAUUGAUGCCGUCCUGUUUGAACAAGAAGGCCAGCUGGAUGCAGACGUCGAAGAUUUCCCUCCAUCUAUUACGCAGCGUCAACCGUCUCUGCCUCUGGAACUUCCUGAUCCAUGGCAGGGUCCACGAACAUACGCCGAAGAUUUCUACACUGGUGGCGAUUUUAAUCCGCAAGAUCAGCUGAAUGGCGUUUCCCCUUCUAGUCUUACUCCCGUGCAUGACGCACACGUCGAUACACUGCUUUCCAACAUACUGCAGAAUGAUGGGCCUCCUGGGCCCAAGACAGAACCUGCUGUAGUCAAUGUAGACUUGACAGACGAAGCACUCCCUGAUUCGAGCCCCCCUCCGUCAUCUCCUGUCGAGGGGCGCUCCAGUCGUAGUCAUGUGGAUGACUACCAGCUCUCGAAUGUACGAGGGAUCCAUGGGGAGCACGAAGAACUCGAUAACAUCCUUGACCAUUUGUAUCGAGACGUGGACAACCUAUCUCAAGACGAGCAGCAAAUGAUCUUUGCCUCAUCAUUUGAUGAAUUUCAUAGCGGAUCAAUGUCUGCUCCCCAGACCUACUCCAAACCUGCUGAACACCUUGAUUGGAAUUGGCCUCCCGCGUUCUCGCGGGGAAAGUUUGCUAGCCGUGCUGGACACCUCGAAACUUCUUCUCCAAGGGCGGGGGUUGAUGAUAUUGAAGAGGCCCAGGAUAAUAUCAUUGAUGUCGAUGCGGAACAUAACGAGGAGGAGGAUGAGAGCGAAGAAGCUCCGGAAGGUCCUAUUCCACUAGGAACCAGUGACCUUGGGUAUAAUGAUGAGAUUCAUCAGGAACAGGACGACCGAAACGGGCUAGGCGUGGAGGUUGUUGAGGAAGAUGAUAUUCAGGCUCCAGAAGCCGACCAGUUUCCCCUUCCUUUGGACUCCGAGCUGAAUGCUGAAGAAUGCGUCGUAGUGGAGAGUUUCUUUGAUCUUCUCAAGUGUGGAGCGUUGCCUUCAGCAAACGUGACCGAAAAAGUGGAGACCGCACUGGUUGACAUUAGUGGUGUGGUCGCUGCUGAGUUUCUCGGCGGGGAUGUGACGUCUCCGCCAGGCAUUGAGGACGCCGGUGACACUAUGGUGCCAACGGAAGCAUUGGAGUCUGGAGAUAGGGAGCUUCAGUCGCAGCAUCUAGAUGCUAUGGUGGAAUCAUCUACCUCAAUCGAACCGACCCCUACCACGGAGAUCCAAAAUGGUUUUGAGAACGUAACUUUGGAGAAUGUCGAACAUCAUUCUCUUCCUUCUGUUGCGCCUACCUCCACACUCGGUAACUCUCUCGAGGAACAACUUGACAAACCUAAUGACGAGCCCAUUUUUAUUGUUAUGGAGAUGGAAGCUACUGCUCCCAUUCCUCAUGGGUCGAGGAGCCUCCUACAGAAGCCUCGGUGGAGCCGGAGAUUCAGGCCGCUGGCGCAGUCAACAUGCUGGCGGAGACCGUUCCUGUCACACCGAAGCCUACUUCUGCGGAACCACCCUCAUUUGAUAAUCACAAUGUCUCGGUCUUCCCAAUGCCCAUAUUCUGUGAUCCUUCCGUGUCGGACCCUAUCAUCUGUUCUGGGACCAAUCAUCCGCAACGGACUCCUCCACGUUUGGUCGAACUCUCGGGCACCCCUCACAUCACCAUCAGCCCGCACUCUACACCAGGCCAACCCACUCCGGUUUCAGUACCCGUCUCUAUGUCAAUGUUGCAUACUUUCUCUCGUCGGGAAUCGCCAUCCGAUGGUAGCAGCGGUCCAAGUGGUCUUUUCACGCCUCGGGAAGGCGAGCCGACUAGUGUGGGUACAGGUGAUGUCUUUGGCACGCCUUCUCCCUCUCAUGCAGACCUGCCACUCCCGUCUUCUGACGAUGUUAUGGCCUCCGUUACGAGUGCUCUAGCAUCACGAUCUGAAAUUGAUACAACCACGAUCGAUGUUUCCAACAACAUUGUAGUCGCCGAGCCAAGUCCAGCC